CCACUGCUCCCGUCCCCCGUCGCCGGCCCCGCCUCGCGCCCCAACGUUCCGCCUCCGUUGCCCCUAGCGGCUGUUUGUUGACUUCCGGGAACGCGGUAGUAGCCGAUGUCCGGGGUGUCGCUAUGGGGGCCCGGGGGGCUUCCGCGGCCCGCGUCGGGACUGAGGCACUGCCAUAGGCCCCACCGAGUCGCCCCCGCCACCUUUCCGGGUCAGGCGCAGGCUCCCCGCAUCCCCCUUGGCAUGGGGGAACCCGAGGAGGUGGUGCCCGGUUCAGGUGCUGUGUUUACAUUUGGAAAAACUAAAUUUGCUGAAAAUAUUCCCAGCAAAUUUUGGUUUAAAAAUGACAUACCUACAUUUCUUUCAUGUGGAGACGAACAUACUGCAAUUGUUACAGGAAAUAAUAAACUUUACAUGUUUGGCAGUAACAACUGGGGCCAGUUAGGAUUAGGAUCAAAGUCAACUAUUAACAAGCCAACGUGUGUCAAAGCUUUAAAACCUGAAAAAGUGAAAUUUGCUGCCUGUGGACGGAACCACACCCUAGUUUCAACAGAAGGAGGCAAAGUAUAUGCAGCUGGAGGAAAUAAUGAAGGACAGCUGGGACUUGGUGACACUGACGAGAGAAACUCUUUUCAUCUAAUUAGUUUUUUUACUUCCCAGCGAAAGAUUAAACAGCUCUCUGCUGGAUCCAACACUUCAGCUGCACUAACUGAGGAUGGAGAGCUUUUUAUGUGGGGUGACAAUUCCGAAGGGCAAAUUGGUUUAAAAAAUAUAACUAAUGUGUGUAUCCCUCAACAAGUGACCGUUGGGAAACCUAUCUCCUGGAUCUCCUGUGGAUAUUACCAUUCAGCUUUUGUAACAACAGAGGGAGAACUGUACACAUUUGGAGAACCAGAGUCUGGGAAGUUAGGUCUUCCCAAUCAGCUGCUGGUCAAUCACAGAAUGCCCCAGCCAGUGCCUGGAAUUCCUGAAAAGGUGGUCCAAGUAGCUUGUGGUGGAGGGCACACCGUGGUUCUCACAGAGAGAGCCGUGUAUACCUUUGGGCUCGGACAGUUUGGUCAGCUGGGUCUUGGUACCUUUCUUUUUGAAACUUCAGUACCCAAAGUCAUUGAGCAUAUUACAGAUCAGAAAAUAAGUUCUAUUUCCUGUGGAGAAAAUCACACAGCUCUGAUAACAGAUUUAGGUCUCAUGUAUACUUUUGGGGAUGGUCGACAUGGAAAAUUAGGACUUGGACUGGAGAAUUUUACCAAUCAGUUCAUUCCCACUUUGUGCUCCAAUUUUUUGAGAUUUAUAGUUCAAUUGGUGGCUUGUGGUGGAUGCCACACACUUGUUUUUGCCACUCCUCGACCCGGCGGGACAGAAGAAUUGGAGUUAGAAGAAAUCAACGAUUCUUACUUUCCUGAAGCGCCUUCUCUGCUCCUCAGCGAUCUGAGCUCAGGCAGUGUACUGCACAGAACUCUACCAGCACGUGUGCGACGAAGAGAGAGGGAGAGAUCGCCUGAUGCUUUUCAAAUGACACGAACACUACCUCCAAUUGAAGGAACUUCUGUGCCACCUGUUAGCUUUUCCCCCACCCCAGUUCCUUUCUAUAUGUCUGCAGGUAAUUGGCCAGGGAAAAUGAUACUUGAAAAGGAGGACCCCGUGCAACCAGCGGAACCAGAUUAUUUUCGUGAUAAAAUGGCCAAAGGGAAAGAGGCAGACAAUUCUUCAGCCGGAGAUUCAGAAAGCCUUGGAGAAACUACUGAUGUCUUAAAUAUGACACAUAUGAUGAGCCUGAAUUCCAAUGAGAAGUCAUUAAAAUUAUCACCAAUUCAGAAACAAAAGAAACAAGAAACAAUUGAGAAACUGAAGCAGCAUACAGCUCACUCUGAAAACGAUGAUAGUAACGGAUUUGCAAGUGAAGAGAUGUCCAAAACAGUGAAUGAGGGGAGAGUCUAUAAACAACUUUUGGCAAAAGGAAUGUACGUGAUGCAAGCAGCUAUGACUACGGAAGCAUUUUCAGAUGAGGACAUAGGUAGUGACUCAGGCCAGCCUGGGCCUCGUGACACCCAUGCAGAGGGUGUGCAAAGAGGGCUGUUCAGACAUGAGAGUAAGCAUGAUCUUUAUCCACCUGACAGGAAGGCCAUAGCAAAGGCAAGUGAUGCAGGCCAGUGGCAGAAGGAUCCAGAUGCAGAAGAAAUAGUCUCUGAGAAGGAAACUGAGCUGGCCGAAAUGGCAGGUCUGAAGGCUAGGAGACAAAUCGAAGAGAAUUUAAGACAUAUUAAUAUGUUCUUUGACAACUUACCAAAUAGAGACAUGAAUAUUGAUGAUGAAGACAGUAAAGAUUUUAUUGAGGACGGUAAGAGGAACAAGCGAGAUAUGAUUUUUGACAGCGAACGAGACUCUCUAGACGAGCCAGAUAGUUACUUGGAAGGCGAAAGUGCAAGUCAGCAAGGCACCACUGACGGCUUCGAGCAGCCCGAGUCAGUAGAAUUUAGUAGUGGAGAGAAAGAGGAUGAUGAAGUGGAAAUGGACCCAAACUUGUGGUAUAGCAGAAAAUUUAUCGAACAAGGACAUGAGGAGGAGACUGAACACAAACUGUCCAAAUUCCUGGCAAAAUUCGAUUUUAAAUGUGACCACUUGUCAGAGAUCCCUGAAGAGCAGGAAGGAGCAGAGGAUUCAGAAGGAAGUGGAGUAGAGGAGCCAGAGGUAGAGGCAAGUGAGGAAAAUGUGAAAGUGCCCGCACGAAAGCAGGAGGAGGAGAUAGAGAUCCUGUCAGACGACCUGACAGACAGAGCGGAGGAUCGCGAAUUUUCAGAAGAUGAAUUCGAGGACGUGGAUGAGGAAAUUGAUGAAUAUCUGAAAGGCAAGAAGAACAUACCAACGGAUGAAGCCAAGGACAACUCAGUUGAAAAGGACAAGAAAACCAACCAUGAAGAACGGGCUAUUUGUGAAUACAAUGAAAAUCCAAAAGGAAACAUGUGUGAUCGUGCAAAGAGCAGAUCUUCUGAAGUCCUGGAAGGCAGUGAAUCAACACCAAGUAAAGACGUCAAAAAAUCAAAGAAGCUUCAAGUUCUGGGCCACAUGCAGCUCCAUGAGAAAAGAUGCUGGCUUCUACAGGUUACCCACAUCGUCAAAACUGAAAAUGGAUCUGGAGACUCACCGCUAGAAGACGAUGAAGUCGGGUAUUCACACGCUAGAUAUAAAGAUACCCCAUGGUGCUCCCCCAUCAAGGUGAAGUAUGGGGAUGUGUACUGCAGGGCCCCUCAAGGAGGAUACUACAAAACAGCCCUGGGGACUAGGUGUGACAUUCGCUGCCGGAAGGGCUACGAGCUGCACGGCUCUCCCCAGCUGGUGUGCCAGUCGAACAAGCGGUGGUCCGACAAGGUCAUCUGCAAGCAAAAGCGAUGUCCCAUCCUGGCCAUGCCGGCAAAUGGAGGGUUUAAGUGCAUAGACGGUGCCUACUUUAACUCCCGGUGUGAGUACUACUGCUCACCAGGGUACACGUUGAAAGGGGAGCGGACAGUCACGUGUAUGGACAACAAGGCCUGGAGUGGCCGCCCAGCCUCCUGUGUUGAUAUGGAACCUCCUAGAAUCAAGUGCCCGAGUGUGAAGGAACGCAUCGCUGAACCCAAUAAGCUGACAGUCCGGGUAUCCUGGGAGACCCCGGAAGGAAGAGACACAGCAGAUGGCAUCCUAACUGAUGUUAUUCUAAAAGGCCUCCCCCCAGGCUCAAAUUUUCCAGAAGGAGACCACAAGAUCCAGUACACAGUCUAUGACAGAGCUGAGAACAAGGGCACUUGCAAAUUUCGAGUUAAAGUACGAGUCCGACGCUGUGGAAAACUCAACGCCCCGGAGAAUGGUUACAUGAAGUGCUCCAGUGACGGCGACAAUUACGGGGCAACCUGUGAGUUCUCCUGCAUCGGUGGCUAUGAGCUGCAGGGCAGCCCUGCCCGAGUCUGUCAGUCCAACCUGGCCUGGUCUGGCACGGAGCCCACGUGUGCAGCCAUGAAUGUCAACGUGGGCGUCAGAACAGCAGCGGCACUUCUGGAUCAGUUUUAUGAGAAAAGGAGACUCCUCAUUGUGUCUGCCCCCACAGCCCGGAACCUUCUCUACAGGCUGCAGCUGGGAAUGCUGCAGCAAGCACAGUGUAGCCUGGAUCUUCGACACAUCACAGUGGUGGAGCUUGUAGGUGUGUUCCCGACCCUCAUCGGCAGGAUAGGAGCAAAGAUCAUGCCUCCAGCCCUAGCCCUGCAGCUCAGAUUGUUGCUGCGUAUCCCACUCUACUCCUUCAGUAUGGUGCUCGUGGAUAAGCAUGGCAUGGACAAGGAGCGCUAUGUCUCCCUGGUGAUGCCUGUGGCCCUCUUCAACCUGAUCGACACUUUCCCCUUGCGAAAAGAGGAGAUGGUGCUGCAAGCUGAAAUGGGCCAGACCUGUAACACCUGAUGUGACAGUUCCUCCUCUCGUUCUCCACAGUACUAGGCACACGGAAAGGCCAGAAAAAUAUUCUUGAUGUACAGAUUUUUAUUUGUAAUUUUUAAAGUCUAUUUUAAUAUGAGCUUUCUUUGCACUUAAAAAUUACCAUGGUGCUUUUUGUACUUUGAAGUGUACUCCCCAGAAAUGGUGACUAUGAUAGGUACUCUUUCUCCUUAUUCCAAUCAUGGCUGGUCAACUUUCUAGAGAAAUUAGAAAACACAGCCUUCUACAUGCCUUCAGUGUGUUAUUCAGUGUAACACAUAACUUACUUCUAUUUUGUUUUUUUAUAUAAAACAUAUUAAUAAAAUAUUUUGGAGCA